AUGGUUCUACUGCCAGCAUUGAUCGCAACAGAGGCAGCAGCGGGAAGGGUGCUUGACGCGGUGCAUGCACCACCGUUGAAAUCGCUGAAUCGAAAAAUGGCCGCGCACCGCUCAUCGCUCCUUCCGCGCCUCUCGGUCACGACUGCCUCCUCUCUGCGUCCUGCGCGAGUGAAGUCUACGACCGCUGCUGCUGCUGCCACCGCACCCACCACGGUAACCGCGGCAGCGUCAGCGUCUCGGUCAGCAGACGCUGCUACAGCCCACCCACUUCUCAGCCAACUGCUCCGCGUCUCUGUGCCUGCUGCAUCGGUAGAGCUGGCACAGCCACCAGAAGAAGUGACGCUAGCGGAAGCGGUGGAGGCGCUAGGGGGAUCGGACGCCGUAGAGGCACUCCUUUCUCAGCUCAACGGUGUGGCGCACUCAGUUGACGUAAACGAUGACAGAGCCUUCGCGAACGCCAUCGAGGCAUGCGUUCGGCAAACUCUUGGUGUGUCUGAAGUGUCGAUCGACGUCAUUGAAGGGCUCGAGACCGCCGUCACGGGCGAGGAGGGAGGGGAGAGUGGAACGCGAGCGAGUCCGCCCGUGAACGUGACGAUUCCGCUUACCAUCUCGGACUUCCAUGCGGCGACCUUUACUCCGUUAGCCGCCCGCCAGCGCCGGCAUCGGGUAAGCAACUCAGCCGCUGCCUCUGCUCCCAGACGCACCUACUCCUCGUGUCUGGUGCUUCGCGUCCAGCGCUGUAGAGGCGUCCUCGCGCUGCGCACUGUGAACGUGCGCUUCAGCGGCACAUCAGGCCGCAUUCUCUGCGGUGUAGCGCUGGGAGCCGAAGGCCACAAGAAAAAGUGCAAAGUCCGAGAGAUAAAGCAGAGGCAGAGGCGCAGUGCGCGUCGUCGACGCCGGCGACCCGCCUCUUGCAAAGAGCGAGCAUCAACGACCGGAGUCGAUGGCGUCACAUCAUGCGGCCCACCUUCACCCAGCGAUGCUGAAGGCGUCGUAGCAGGCACUGGUGUCGGCGAAGUCGAACCCUUCUCGAGCGGUUCGGCCGAAAAGUCGCCUUGGUCGUCUCCAAUCACUCUUGCGGGCGGGACAAACGGUAGAGCAAGCGCCGCAUCGACUACGCACAGCCAGCGGAAGCCGAAGGGCAAGGCAAGUCUGCGGCGAGGCAGCCGUAAGACGGCGGCGGUUCGUCACAUAGUCACCGAGAGCCGCACCAAUGCCGUCGUAUUUAACCCGUGCUGUCCCGAGGACACGACACCGUUUAACGCGCAGCACCGCCCCGUCACGUACAAUGCCGCCAUCGCCUUUCAAGCGCCUCGGUGA